GACUGAUAGCAGCUUUCCAUUAACUGCUGCUCCUAUCAACAUGUUUUCUCUAGAUUUUAAAGAAGAAACCCCUGAAGAACAGAGUCCUGAUAUGGACCAGAAGGAGCAGGAACUUCUCCGGAUAAAGGAGGAAAGUGAAAGAAACUGGGGCUUCCAGGAGGAAGUGCAACCAGAUUUGAAGGAGACUGAAGACACCAGGUUUCUGGUAACUGUUAAGGUGGAGAAUGAAGAAGAUGAAGAGAAACCUCUAUUAUUUCACUUUCAUCAGCUGCAAACAGAAGUCAGAGAUUUUCCAACCUGCACUUCAGCAGAUCACUUUAAAAUAAAUAUGAAAGAGGGAGACUCGGGAACAGCAAAAUACAACAGGCACCUAGAUCGAAAUACUAGAAGUACUUCUAACUAUUCAAAGACUGAAGACAUUGAAGUUGAUGGUGUCAACCAUCUUAAAUCUCAGUUUAAAUGCUUAUCUGACUCUGAAACUGAAGACAGUGAAAAUUAUUUGAAGAAAAGCAUGGUUCCCGAGUCAGAUGGAAACACUGUCAAAUCUGUGUGUGGGGAAAAAAUUGCCAGUCAGAGUCACGUGACAUGUCGUCCACAAUUAAUGACUUUAGUAUGUUCCGUUAAUGAGAAAUGUUUUCAAGAGAAGAAAAAUGUAAAUUCACUGCAAAAAGUCCUUGAAGGUAGUAAAAAUUUUAACAAUGAAAAGAAUCUGAAGACAAACGUGACAACCGACACAGGGGAGAAAUAUUUUGGUUGUGAUGCUUGUGGAAAAUCUUUUUCCUUCAGGUCACAUUUGGAAAUACACAUGAGAAGCCACACGGGAGAGAAACCUUUUGGUUGUGAUGCUUGUGGUGCAAGAUUUUCUGUCAAGUCACAUUUAAAAACACACAUGAGAAACCACACCGGAAAGAAACCUUUUGGUUGUUAUGCUUGUGGAAAAAGAUUUUCUUUCAAGUCACAUCUAAAAAUACACACGAGAAUCCACACAGGAGAGAAACCUUUUGGUUGUAAUGCUUGUGGAAAAAGAUUUUCUAUCAAGUCACAUUUAAAGAUACACACGAGAAUCCACACAGGAGAGAAACCUUUUGGUUGUGAUGGUUGUGGAAAAAGAUUUUCCUCCAAGUCGGAUUUAAAGAAACACACAGGAGUCCACUUGGAAGAGAAACCUUUUGGUUGUGAUGUAUGUGCUAAAAGGUUUUAUGUGGCGUCGCAUUUUAAAAAACACAUGAGAAGCCACACAGGAGAGAAACCUUUUGGCUGUGAUUCUUGUGGAAAGAAAUGUACUUCAAAGUCAAACUUAAACACACAUAUGAGAAUGCACACGGGAGAGAAACCCUUUCAUUGUGAUACCUGUGGGAAAAGAUUUCUUUUCGAGUCAACGGCAAAAGGUCACAUGAGGGUCCACACAGGAGAGAAACCUUUUGGUUGUGAUACCUGUGGAAAAAAGUUUUCCUUCAAGUCAACUGUAAACAAUCACAUGAGAGUCCACUCAGGAGAGAAACCAUUUGGUUGUGAUACAUGUAGUAAGAGAUUUUCCUCAAAGUCAGAUUUAAAAAGACACAUGAGAAACCAUACAGGAGAAAAACGCUUUCAUUGUGAGGCUUGUGGAGAGAGAUUUACCUUCAAAUCAAAAUUAAAGGAACACAUGAGAAUCCACAAAGGACAGAAAUGUUUUAGUUGCGAUACUUGCGGAAAAAGUUACACCUCAAAAUCAAAGCUGAACAUGCAUAUGAUAUUCCACAAAGAAGAAAAACACUUUAGUUGUGAUACUUGUGGUAAAAUAUUUUCCAGAAAGUCAUAUUUAAAGAUACACAUGAGAAUCCACACAGGACAGAAACCUUUUGUUUGUGAUAACUGUGGGAAAAGAUGUACCUCAAAGUCUAACUUAAAUGCACAUGUGAGAAUCCACACGGACAAGAAACCCUUUGGUUGUGAUGCAUGUGGUAAAAGAUUUUCCUUCAAGUCAUAUUUAAAAUCACACAUGAGAAUGCACUCAGGAGAGAAACCUUUUGAUUGUGAUGCUUGUGGAAAAACUUUUUCCUUCAAGUCACAUUUAAUUAAACAUGUGAGGUACCACACUGGAGAGAAACCUUUUGGCUGUGAUGAAUGUGGUAAAUGUUUUUCCUCAAAGUCAAAUUUAAAAACUCACAUGAGGGUCCACACUGGAGAGAAACCGUUUGGUUGUGAUGCAUGUGUUAAAAGAUUUUCCACAAAGUCAGAUUUAAAAAAUCACAUGACAGUACAUACAGGAGAGAAACAUGAUUGUGAUGCAUGUGGUAAAAGAUUUUCCACAAAGUCAAAUUUAAAAAGACAUGUGAGAAUCCAUUCAGUAGACAAGCUGUUUAGUUGAGGAGCUUGUGAUAAAAUAUUUCAUAAAUUUAGUAGUGGCAGCAAAUCUCAAAAUUUAUGGAGAACAAAAGAUGUUUGUGCCCCGUUUAAGAAAGAAUGGCCAAUCUAGCCUGAGUAGAAAGCAGUUACGUCACCCUGAGUAGUUCUACGUCACUGUGUCAAACUCAGGUGAUAUCAAUCAGGUGACUAAACUGAGCACCCAGUCACUCCUGAGUUUAGAGCAGGCAUGAAAGAAGCACUCAAUGGUGUAGCACACAUCAAUCCUUCUACCAAAAAGUUUUGUUUUCACCUGAAUGUCUGCUCUGUACCUCUGUGGAUUGUUUUUUUUUUUUGCCUGGAUGACCCAUCAUCUCUUUAAUAAAUCCUUUAAGCAUCA